AUGAAAAUGGCGAGGCAGGACGCCAUCUUAGUUGUUUGUUUGGUUACCAUGGUAACGACAAGUUUGGCAUUUGACCUAACCAUUCUUCACACAAACGACGUACACGCGAGAUUCGAACAGUUCAACAAAUACGGUUCGGAUUGUAGCGAGAAAGAGGCCGGAAGUGGCCAGUGUUUUGGAGGCGUUGCUAGGCGACUGACAAAGCUCAACGAGAUACGUCGUAGUCAUAGCAAUGUGCUACUUUUAGACGCUGGUGACCAGUUUAUGGGUACACUGUGGUUCAUCGUCUAUAAGGGACUGGCCGCUGCUCAUUUUAUGAAUAAACUUGGAUAUGACGUCAUGGCGCUUGGUAAUCAUGAGUUCGAUCUGGGUGUCGAGGGGCUUGCUCGAUUUCUGGAUAACGUAACUUGCGACGUCAUCAGCAGCAACAUUGACGUCACAAGGGAGCCUCGGCUGCAGGGGAAGUUCAGUGAAAGCGUGAUAAAGACUGUGGGAGGACAACAAAUAGGCAUUAUAGGAUACACAACACAAGAAACCGUGUUUAUUUCCAGUGCAGGCCCGACGUUGACAUUCAAUGACGAAAUCGCCAGCAUCCGGUACGAGGUGGCUGUCCUGCAGGCCGCCGGCGUCAACAAGAUUAUCGCCCUCGGUCAUGCCGGUCACACGAUGGACAAGGAGAUCGCGAAGAUUGACGGCAUUGACGUCGUCGUCGGCGGUCACACCGACACAUUCCUUUACACGGGGACACCCCCGUCGAAUGAAAGUCCCGUCGACGUAUACCCUGUAGUCGUUCAGCAGCCUCAGGGUGGUCGGGCACUCGUGGUGCAGGAUUACACGUUCGGAAAGUACCUCGGGUAUCUUAACGUCACUUUUGACGCAAGCGGUGCCGUCAUGAGUUACGGCGGGAAUCCGAUUUUUCUAGACGCAAGCGUACCGGAAGACCCCGGUUUGCUUGCGGAAGUGGCCACCUGGCGUUUGGAUGUGGACGCCCUUAAAACUAACGUUAUCGGUGAAACGUUAGUGACGUUGGAUGGUCGACGCGAAAUCUGUCGACUGCGAGAAUGCAACCUUGGUAACCUGAUGACGGACGCUAUGGUGGACUAUUAUGUCAAAGGCUUCAACCACGCCAAUACCACGUGGGCCCUGUCCGCUAUUGCUAUGUUGAACAGCGGUGGCAUCCGCGCUUCUAUCCAGAAAGGUAACAUCACCACUGGGAACGCAAACACCGUUCAGCCGUUCCAGGGAGAGGUGGACCUGAUCACGGUGACGGGCGCAAACCUCCGCGAGCAGCUCGAGUGGAGCGUGGGGGAGUACAACCCAGUUGAUGCGCACGGCAGGUUCAUGCAGUUUGCAGGUUUACAUGUAACAUAUAACCUGCUAAAGCCCUCCAUGCAUCGUGUGGUCGACGUACAGGUGCGUUGCCUUGAGUGUGACAUACCGAAUUACUCCCCGUUGAAGGACGACGCCAUUUAUCCAAUUCUUCUACCAGCAUUCAUCGUCGGUGGCGGAGACGGCUUUAAUUUUCAGCCCAUAGAGCAUCUGCCUUUAAACACUUUGGAUGUUGAAGUUACCAUGGCAUACCUGGCGAAACACGCUCCAGUUUACCCUAGCGUGGAGGGCCGGAUACAAUUCCAAACACCUAGCGGUCCGACGACUUCCGGUACUGACAAAUUUGUUAGUGGAAUGGCGCCUAUGGCAAUUCUUUUGACAUUAUGUUUAUAUUUGCUUUCUUGAUUCUGUAUUAAGUGAUAAAGUAAGUUAAACUUUUAUCGUUGCCUUACAUUUAAAGCGGUUUCUGUUUGUCGUGUACACAUAUUGUACAAUCGGUUUAAUUCCGGUUGAUGACUUCGUGAUUGGCUUGGGUCCUUGUAUUUUUGAUUACUGACAUCGUUUUGAGUUUUUAUUUGAAACCUGUGUAAACUAUUUAUAGAUUUAGUUGUACGUUUUUUUUCGUUGAAAAAUAAAAAAUCAGAUGAAAAAUCUAUAAAAUCUAAGUCAUGUGAUGUCAUUAUUGUGAUACGAUUGCUAAAUCAUAUAUUGUGCUUUGGAGCUCCUCCUUUCCUUAGCGCCUUCUCCUUGGCAUUGGCUCAGUUUCUUUUUGGAUAAAUGUAAAGUAUUUAUUUGAUCAACUAGAAGGCAAUGUUUUUGUUUAUACAACAACUUUUAUGUCUUGAUUUCGUUAACGAUUACAUGUAUUGGAAAUUUGCUCCUCACCCAGGCAACAUAAGUCGAUUUGCUUUGAAAACAUCACGAUGUCGCAAUUUAUAAAAAACAUCCGGUCUUAAACGCUGCCUGGGGAGUAUUGUUGGCUUUUGUAUUAAUGCAUCUCGAAAGGGAGGUGGCGCGUAUGAUUGAUGGCCAUGCACCAAUCAUGUCAUUCACCAAUCAUCUGGGCAUACAUCAAUCAUCUGGACGUAUAAUCUUACAAAUUCUUUACACACGACCUGCGUGAGCAUGCCAGUGCUUGAUUACUUAAGACCAGUGCCUUCCUUAUAACUAUUGGUAUUUCAAUCCCUUAUUAAUUCCAUAACUAUCUGUUUCAGGUCAAUAAAUCCCAUUUGAAACGUAAUCAGUCAUAUAAGCAAUAUACUAAUUAUGUUGUUUGUAGGGACUGUUUAAUUAUUUGCAUAUUUGUUAAGGCGUUUAGCAUGUUUUGUUUGUUCUUAACGUAUGGAAAAUUGCCCUUAAUAAUCAUACAUUUAUAUCUGUUUUUUACGACUUGAAUAUACAUGUAUUCAAAUAUUUGAUUUAUGAACCCUUAAAUCGAAUUUCCUUUUUAAAACGUCCGAAACAUAGUAAUGUUCUUUUUCGUUACAAAACACACAUUAUCGAAUGUACCUUCAAUGCAUCUUUGAAGAAGUAGGAUAAAGCAAAUAUUAUACAUUAAAAAAAAAAGAGACAUCAUGUAGAUUUAUGCAAUUCGAUUCAUGUACUUAUAGUAGUAGGGAAUAAUGAUGUUCGUGUUAAGUUAUCAUUUUUUGUGUAACUGUGAACUGUAUGAUAUAGAAAUCUUGUAAAUAGUUAAAUAAUACCUAUUUUGUGAAUACUGAUUUCAAAAUAUCAUUUUAUAUAAACUAAUUUACCUGUAUA